UCUCCUUCCCCCAAGGAGACUGGUCACGCCCUUGAGAGAAGGCUGAAGGCAGAAAUCAUCCUCUAUAAAUAAGGCUCAGCAACAUCAGCUCGCGCCCUGAGCUGCCGAGUCUUUUCAUGCCAACUCGGCCCGCGAGGUCUGUAGGUGCCAGCCAGGGUAAAAAUGGCGAAGCCUCGCAAGCCGAAGAAUGAAGACCAAAAGGCAGAGAAUUCAGGGGCAGUCGUUCGACAUCAGAAGCUCUGCCUCUCUAUCGACAUGGAAAAUUGCCGGAUAUAUGGGUAUACGGAAUUGAAAGUUUCUGUUCCGGAGAGUGGAAUUGUUGGACUGCACGCCGAUGACUUGAAUAUUGAGAAUAUUCUGGUGGAUGGGGAACCAGCCGAGUUCGAAUUGUUUCCACACUAUCAGGCAGUGGAAGAUGAGAGAAGGUGGUGCUCGGUUUCAUCGGCUAGUACUGCCGCUGAUGCUGCUUGUGCGACUUACAUUUCGUCUCUCGACAGAGAAAUGGCUCCAAACCUGCUAAUUCUGUGUAGUAAACCAGUAAACCCAACAAGUGAUCAGCAGGAGCAACCAAAUGGCGGGAACAACUUGCAAACAUCUGGCGAGCUCAAGCAGAAUUUGAAAUUGAUUCGCAUUGAUUAUUGGGUGGAGAAAGCAGAAACGGGAAUUCAUUUUAGGAAUAAUAUGCUCCAUACCAAUAAUCAGUUGAGGCGUGCACAUUGCUGGUUCCCUUGUAUGGACGACAAUUCUCAGCGUUGCUGCUAUGAUAUGGAAUUUACUGUUGCCAACAAUCUCGUUGCUGUCAGCAAUGGAAAUUUACUUUAUCAGGUCUUGAGCAAGGAUGAUCCUCCCCGCAAAACUUAUGUUUACAGAUUGAGUGUUCCAGUUGCUGCUGGGUGGAUAUCCCUGGCAGUAGCAGCAUUUGAUAUUCUUCCUGACCGCCAUAGUGGUAUUCUAUCACACAUGUGCAUGCCUCUUAACCUUCCAAAGCUUCGGAAUACAGUUGGGUUUUUCCACAGUGCAUUCAGUCAUUACGAGGACUACCUUUCAGCAUCUUUUCCUUUUGGGUCAUAUAAGCAAGUCUUUAUUGCACCUGAAAUAGCAGUAUCCUCUUUGAGUUUGGGAGCCUCCAUGAGCGUCUUUAGUUCUCAAGUUCUGUUUGAUGAGAAGGUUAUCGAUCAGACUAUAGAUACAAGGAUAAAACUUGCUUAUGCACUUGCAAGACAGUGGUUUGGGGUGUACAUCACUGCUGAGGCACCAAAUGAUGAAUGGUUGUUGGAUGGCCUUGCUGGUUUUCUUACUGAUUCAUUUAUUAAGCGUUUUCUUGGAAAUAAUGAGGCUCGCUAUCGUAGAUACAAGGCAAAUUGUGCCGUUUGCAAGGCAGAUGUUAGUGGUGCAACUGCUUUGAGCUCCUCUGCUUCUUCAACGUUCUUGUAUGGAACUCAAUGCAUGGGUUUAUAUGGAAAAAUUCGGUCAUGGAAAUCUGUGGCAAUCCUUCAAAUGUUGGAAAAGCAGAUGGGGCCUGAGUCUUUCCGUAAAAUACUGCAGAUAAUAAUUUUUAGGGCUCAAGAUAUGACUCGUUCCUUGAGAACUCUUAGUACAAAGGAGUUCCGCCAUCUUGCCAAUAAAGUUGGCAAUCUUGAACGUCCCUUCUUAAAAGAAUUUUUCCCUCGUUGGGUGGGGUCCUGUGGAUGUCCAGUACUGAGGAUGGGAUUGUCAUAUAACAAAAGGAAAAAUAUGAUUGAGUUGGCGGUUCUGCGAGGUUGCACAGCAACUCCAGAUUCAGUUGCAUUGGUUUCUAAUGGUAAUCCUGAUUCCGAAGCCCGAGAAGGUGAUGUUGGAUGGCCUGGAAUGAUGAGCAUCAGAGUUCAUGAACUUGAUGGAAUGUAUGAUCAUCCAAUCCUGCCAAUGGCUGGAGAAACAUGGCAACUAUUGGAAAUACAAUGUCAUUCAAAGCUUGCUGCAAGACGCAUUCCGAAGCCUAAAAAAGGUUCUAAACCUGAUGGUUCUGAUGAUAAUGCUGAUGCUGCUCCUACCAUGGAUAUGCGCUCUAGUGCGGAAUCUCCCUUAUUAUGGCUCAGAGCAGAUCCGGAAAUGGAAUAUCUUGCUGAAAUUCAUUUUAGUCAACCUGUUCAGAUGUGGAUCAAUCAGCUGGAGAAGGACAAAGAUGUUGUGGCUCAGGCACAUGCAAUUGCAACACUGGAAGCCUUACCACAGCUUUCCUUUUCAGUUGUCAAUGCUCUAAAUAAUUUCCUCAGUGACUCAAAGGCCUUUUGGAGAGUCCGGAUCGAGGCAGCAUUUGCACUGGCUCAUACAGCAUCUGAGGAGACUGAUUGGGCUGGUUUACUCCAUUUAGUUAAAUUUUACAAAAGCCGAAGAUUUGAUCCAAAUAUCGGGCUCCCUAGGCCGAAUGACUUUCAUGAUUUUCCUGAAUACUUUGUUCUUGAGGCCAUCCCACAUGCUAUAGCUAUGGUUAGAGCAGCAGACAAGAAAAGCCCAAGAGAGGCAGUUGAGUUUGUUUUACAGCUCUUGAAGUAUAAUGAUAACAAUGGGAAUCCUUAUUCUGAUGUGUAUUGGCUUUCUGCAUUGGUUGAGUCGGUUGGUGAGCUCGAAUUUGGAACACAGAGUAUAUCAUUUUUAUCAUCUCUUCUCAAACGCAUAGAUCGGCUUUUGCAAUUUGACAGGCUGAUGCCAAGCUACAAUGGGAUCUUGACAAUCAGCUGUAUCCGGACCUUGACACAGAUUGCAUUAAAGCUUUCAUCCUCCAUACCCCUUGAUGGUGUGUUCCAACUUAUUAAACCAUUCCGGAGUUCUGAGACACAAUGGCAAGUUCGAAUUGAAGCAAGUAGAGCACUUCUUGACAUUGAAUUUCAAAGUAAAGGCAUUGAUGCAGCAUUAUCACUGUUUGUGAAAUACUUGGAGGAAGAGGUGUCCUACCGAGGGCAGGUGAAGUUGGCUGUCCAUGCUAUGCGAUUAUGUCAGAUAAAAUGUGGUUCUAAGUGUGAAGAUGUCAUAAAAAACCCGACAUUAGUGGCUUUGCUUCGUUUUCUUGAAAGCCGGAAAGCUUUCAACAAUGUCUUCCUUCGGCAUCACUUGUUUUGCAUUUUACAAAUUCUUGGUGGGAGGCCACCAACACUUUAUGGAGUCCCCAGAGUCCAGCAACAGCCAAUAGGAAAUGGAGAAACCUGCAGUGAACAAAAGAAUUUUGCAGCCUUUGUGAAGAUGAGGACAUCUAAGCCUCAGGAACAUCCAGUAGACGUGCCAAAACUUCCUCAGGAACCUCCAGUGGACACACCAAAACCUUCAGCUGAUGGUUUGCUCAUCCCAGAAGCUACCAGGGAAGCAGAUAGAACUUCCAAUGGUAAUGAACGAAGAAUGCCUGUUGUUAAGAUCAGGGUCAAACAAUCUGCUGCAUCCAGCAGAGUAGAGGAGGCUGAUAAUACAAUUGAUAGGUCUCAAGGUGGACAGAAUGAAACUGAGCGUGGUGCCAGCAGUUCCAUGUCUGUAGAUGCACCCCCAAGGAUGAUGAAUGAACUUGUUUGUGCUAGCAAUCAAAAUCUUGAAGAAGUAAACUCAUUUCAUGACCGUGGUUCUCGAAUGACUGCAAGCAUUGGCAGUGCCAAACUCCCAAAUGAUGAUGAUGAUGAGGCUGGGAAGGAAUUGCAGUGCACUGCUGACUCAAGAAAAAGUGAUGCUUUGCCCCAGGUUGAGGAUAGGUCAUCACCUGGCAUUGUCAGGGGUGACAAUGGAGAAGGAGAGGUACAAAAAUAUGCAAGUCUUCAACUUCUUUCUGUUGGGAAAAAUGACCAGGAUGGUGCUGCAUUGUCCAUGGGGGAACCACAUGUUCGUGAGAAAGAGAAAGAAGAAAAGAAGAAGAAGAAAAAGGACAAGGAAAAGAAACGGAAAAGGGAAGAUAAAGAAGGCCAUAAGGGACACCGUGACGACCCCGAGUAUUUAGAGCGCAAGCGUCUGAAGAAGGAGAAGAAACAGAAGAAGAAAGAGAUGGAAAGGUUGCAAAAAGCAGAGGCAAAGGCAUCUUCAUCAGAACUGCAGGGUAAGAGAGAUGAGCCCAGAGUCAAGUCAGCGACGGUCGAGUUGAAACCCAUUGAACCUAGUGGUUCCAAAUUAGUGAUAAAGAGUGUAGAAACUAAAGAGGAGGCUUCAGAAGGUGGUUCGGUUCACAAGCUCCGGAUUAAACUAAAAAAAUCAACUUCUUAGAUAAAUCGCCAUCACAUAAUGAAUAGGUGGUAUAUGUAAAGAUAUUAGAAGCGGCUCUCAAGUUUUUAGAGUAUAUUGAGCUGAAAAAUAGUUUCUUCCAUUUGUAUGUGACUUGUACCUAGUGCUAAUUUGAUAGUCUAACCUGAUGUAGUUGGAAAGAAUGAGAUGUAUCCAAUAGAACUUAUGCAUUAAAAGCAUAUAUGAUUGGAUUUUGUUUGUUUCUUGCACGCUUAUGAACGCAUUAUUAUUGAGGCUGACUUAAGUCAAAAUAAUGAAUGUUACUUGCAAUUGAUUAAGGCUGUCAGUGAAA